UGGAGGAAUUUCAGGUUCAGGUCCGAAAGCUCGAGCCUCUAUGUCUCUAUUCCGCAACUCCAGCUACACUGAAUCUUAUCCAGCAGGUCGGGUCUUCCUCCCAGUGGGUUCACCUCUGUAUGUGGGCGUCUCUGUGGAGGACACAGAUCCAGUUUUGGCAGCUGUUCUGGAGGACUGCCACGCCACUCACUCACAAAACCCUGAUGAUCCCACACAAUAUCCUCUCAUCCAGAACAAGUGUCCCACUGACCGCCAAAAGGUGUCAAUAGUUGAGAGUGGUUCAUCCCUCCGAGCUCGUUUCUCUGCUCUGCUCUUCCUGCUCCAGGGUCAAUACAGAGACAUUUAUCUUCACUGCAGCCUCAGCCUGUGCAACCAGAGGAAUUACUACUGUGUACCAUCGUGCACAAGUAGGACACGCCGCUUUGUUUCCAACUCUGCUUCUAUGAAUCCCGUCACCAUUGGACCAAUCACUUGGAAUAAGUUGCCUGCAUGAACUCAUAACAUCCAAGUAUAUCACAAGG